AAGCAUGUUCCCCGAGAAACUACUACCACUGUAUACAGACACAACAUCAUAAAGUAACUGAACGAUGUGAAAGUCCUAUCUGGAUUGAGGGAGGUAACUGUCCCGUUUUCAACAAGACAUUGAAGUCCAUACCAUGCAUAUCCAAAUUAUCAAGUGCGUGCCCAACAGUCAUUUACAAAUCCAAUACAGUGUUUAACUACCCAGCGUGUUUUCCUGAUAAUAGUUUCACAAGAAUUUCUUCAACAACUACCCGAGGUGUUAACCAUGCUGUUCAACAACAGAACACAUCAACAAUCACAACGAGUACACACGACGGGGGAGCUGGUCCGGAGCUCCUGGCGCUAAUCCUUCUCAUCAUUCCUGUGGUUAUUGUUGUUAUCGUUUUCUUACAAAGAAGAGGAUACAUCAAACGAUGGCGACGAAACAUCAACAGAAGACGUCAUCCUGACAAUAUGGCGGAUCAUUCUACAUCACCUUCACCUUGUGAUGCAGGCCACAUGGGAAAUAGGAACAAUGUUGAAAAUGAACGUGACGAAAGAGAAGCGUUGAUAUGUACCAAUGACUCUACUACUCUGUCAGCUGAAGGAUCUGAUAAGAAUGACAUCCAUCGACCGCCUACUGGAGAAAAGCAAAGUACAGGAAGUACAAAAGAAAUUAAUUCAACUUCCAAAGGAUCUGAUACGAAUGCCAUUCAUCGACUGCCUGCUGGUGAAAAACAAAGUUCUGAAAAAACAAAAGAAAUUGAUUCAACCCCUAAAGGACAGCGUGUACACGUGAAUAUGGCGAACUUAUCUUUCAUAGAAAGGAUGGCAAAAUCACUUUCAUCUGGAAAUGUCGUGGUACUAACUGGAGUACCAGGAAGUGGAAAGACUUUUCUCGCCCAGAAAACUGGUAUGUCUGCUUGUCAAAAUAUCACAGGAGCAAAUUUACGGCCCGUGGACUUCAAAUACUUGAACGAAAUAGACAAGGACAAGUCGGAAGACAAGAAACUUUUCCUUAUACUGGAUGAGUAUAUCAAAAGCUGGUUCAAUAAAAACAUUACUGAUGUUUUACUCAAAAAACUCGAAAAUGCAAUAACAGCAGGAAAAGGGGAGACUUCUGCAUUGGUAUGUGUGCCAGCCACUGUGUUAGAUAAUGUUAAAAAGUUCCUAAAGAAGAGUGCUUUGAAAUAUAAAAUUUAUGAUCUAAGCGUAGAUGGGUACACCCAAGAAGACUGGGGAGCAAUAUUCGACAGUCAUAUGCAAAGUAGAAAGGAAUGGCUUAGGGAUAAAAAAUACCAGCAAGAAGACAUCUAUAAAUACAGAGAGGCUUACAUAAAAUGCAAAGCUGGAGAUAUAGGAAAAGCGACAAUACCGUCUCUCCUGUUUGAAAACGCGUUUUACCUAAAGAGUGCUUCAAAAUUAAUCAAGAACCCAUAUGACUUAAUGUUGCAGCGAAUUACUGCUUUAUCCGAAUCGAAUUGCAAACCUGAUGUUGGCCAUUUUGUUGUUCUCGUAAUUCUCAUGUUACACAAUGGAAAAGUAAACAUUGAAGAUAUAAACAAAGGUAAGCUCACUGAAAUAUGUGAAGUUUUCAAAGUGGAGAAUUUUUCAUUGUCUCACGACUUAGAACACGAAGACGUGGAACAAUAUGGUAACAUUGUCUCAAUACGCUGCAGAGAAACAGUUCGUGUCAUAUUCGAUGUUGUUUGGAAGAAGAGAAAAGCUAUUAUCCUCAAAUACUGUGACGAUGAAUUAUUUUUGGAACGUGUCACUUUGCAUGGAGUGGGGAAAGAUGAUCUCCUCGCAAUAAACGAACGGUUUCAGUCGAUGAUAUCAGCUGGGACACCGUGCGUAGGGGAACACAAUAUCUUGGUGGAAUUGCGAUCGAAAUGUUCUACUUUUGAAAAAUAACCGCGUUUUUGACAAAUGAUUUUUGAUAGCUCUUAAUGAGUAUUUUGCGUAGUUGUUCAGUCUGUGAUCAAUAUUUGACAGCGUUACUUAUUUUCAUAGGUCUAUUAAUGUGUGUUUUCAUAUUCCUAUAAUUUAUAUGCAUGCUUGACUGAAAUUCCACUGAGCUAUCGUGGUGGGUUUAUUAGUGUGUGUUUUUAUAUUGCUUACAAAUAUUUGCUGCUCAAAAAGCAAUCUAAUUAAAAUUAGAUCCUUUGAUCCGCUCAUCUACUAUCUUGUGUAGCGAUAGUAGAUGAGCGGAUCAAAGGAUCUAAUUUUAAUUAAAUUGCUCAAAAAGUAAUUGAAAAUAAUGUAUCCUCUGAAACAACAGUGUUUUCAUUGUGUUUGUAUGUUAGAUGGUUGAAUCAGCUACCAAUAAAGUUGUGGUAUUGCAUAA